CAAUUCAAUCCAAACCGAUGCAUCUUUCUGCGUUUUAGGGUUAAAUUUUAUUUAUUUAUUUAUUUAUUUUCAGAGGGAGGAAAGGUAAAGUUUUUUUUGAGUGUUAAACAGGAAAACUAGCUUCCGAACAUCCAUCGGUCCGUAUCUAAUUCUCCGAUAAGAUCGCCGGGAAAUGGAGGACAACGGGGCAGUAUCCAGAUUCGGGACCCGAAUCCACAUUACUGCUCUAGACGGCAUUAUACACGUGAACUCUCUCUUCACCAUAGCAGUCUUCAUUGGCCUGGCUUGGCAACCAACAGACCCAAAUGCCGAUUUCGUCGACGAUCCAACUUGCGCCGCCACCGUGAAAAUCGCCGAGGAUCUAGUCGUUUUCCAUGUCUAUUCCUUCAGCUCUUUCCUCUUCUCCAGCAUCAUCGCGUUGGGGUUGAAGCAGGUCAUUCGUAUGGUCAAACCUGUUAACGACAAUCACCGGAGGAUCUUCACGAUCGAGGUUGCACAUAUUAACAGAACUGCUCUUCGGAUUGGGUAUCUGGUCUCGGCGAUCGGUUCGGCUUCGGGGUGCAUCUGUCUGAUGCUGGCGUUGAUUAAUAUGGUUCAGAUUAAACUCGGGACUUUUGGAUGUGGGAGUAUUCACAUCUAUGGAGCUGUCGUCCCUCUACUGAUUUUGGUUCCUUCUGCUCUUCUAUUUUACGUUUGUGUUGUUUUCUAUGCUUUUACUCGCUAGAGUGUUUGUUUGUCUGUCUGUCUUCAGUUUAUUUGUUGUAAGUUGGGCAAAUGAUGCUCCAUUGUAUGCAUAUUUUAUGGCUUUCUCUUGGGAGUGUGAAGGAUUUGGAUUCCACAUCGAAAACCCACUGACUGAUAUAGUUUACAUAGUUUUUGUUUUGGUAUACUGUGGUGCUCUGGUUAUUGCCAUCCGGCAUCACCCAUAAUGGGAGGUGGACCAGGACGUUGAUGAAACUUAGUUAAUGGACAAGUGGGUGGGUUAUGUUUAUUUUA